CGCAAUAAAUUUAGUUUUUUAUAUUUUAAUUAAUAAAAAGAUUUAAUAUUAUAUCAGUUAUCGAACAAAUAAUACAACAAUUCAAUUAAUACGGUGAAUUCAUCAUGAAGAAAGUGUUGAUGGUGGCUGAAAAGCCAUCUUUGGCGGCAUCGUUGGCACAAAUUUUGUCAAAUGGAAGAAGUACUUCUAAAAAAGGCACUAGCAAUUCAUGUUCUACUCAUGAGUGGACGGGACCCUUCAAGGGCACAAAUGUUGUGUUCCGCAUGACUUCGGUGUGCGGUCAUGUAAUGUCACUGGAUUUUGUGGGCAAAUACAAUUCCUGGGAUAGAGUGGAUCCAGUUGAAUUGUUUGGCUGCCCCACCGAAAAGAAAGAAGCGAAUCCCAAGCAGCAUAUGCGCAGUUUUCUAGCUCAAGAAGCAAAAGGUUGCGAUUAUUUGGUAUUAUGGCUGGAUUGCGAUAAAGAAGGCGAAAACAUUUGCUAUGAAGUUAUGGAUGCUGUUUCUAGAGUAAUAAACAAUGUCUACAAUCGAAGUGUAACAUAUCGAGCACACUUUUCGGCUAUUACGGAAAAGGAUAUUAAAGGGGCCAUGGAAUCUUUGGGUUUUCCCAAUGAGAAUGAAGCCAAAUCGGUGGAUGCUAGACAGGAAUUGGAUUUACGAAUUGGUUGUGCUUUUACACGCUUCCAGACAAAAUUUUUCCAGGGCCGUUACGGAGACUUGGAUGCUUCGUUAAUCUCAUAUGGUCCCUGUCAAACGCCGACAUUGGGUUUUUGUGUCAAACGUCAUGACGACAUUCAAACUUUUAAACCGGAAAGUUUUUGGUAUUUGCAACUAACUGCCGGCCAGCCAGAAUUCACAUUCGAAUGGUCCCGCGGUCGUGUGUUCAAAAAGGAUAUUGCCAUAAUGCUAUUGAAUAUGGUUAAGAGCCAAAAGGAGGGUCUAAUCGAAAGUGUUGUAUCAAAGGAACAAUUUAAAGGCAGACCCCAGGCUUUAAAUACUGUCGAAUUGAUGCGUAUUUGUAGUUCUGGAUUGGGUAUUGGUCCUUUCCAGGCAAUGCAAAUAGCCGAACGCCUCUAUACACAGGGUUAUAUAAGUUACCCCCGUACAGAAACAAAUCAAUAUCCAGCUAAUUUUGAUUUAAAUGCUGUGUUACAUAUUCUAAAGCCCUCAUCGGAGUUUGGUACUGAAGCCCAUGCUAUACUGAGCGAUUUUAAUCCACCCCGCAAAGGUAAAGAUGCCGGUGACCAUCCUCCCAUUACACCAAUGAAGUUGGCUUCACGCAAUGAUUUUGAAAGAGACACAUGGCGGGUGUAUGAUUUCAUUUGUAGACACUUUUUAGGCACCAUAUCAAAAGACUUAAAAUAUCGUACGACAGUAGUCAAAAUGCGCAUUGGCAUGGAGACUUUCUCGUGUACGGCAAAUGUUUUACUCGAUCCUGGUUUUACUAAAGUUAUGACAUGGCAGGCAUUUGGUCGAGAUGAAGCCAUACCGCCAUUUAAUGAGGGCGAUCGUGUUCCAUUCAACGAUGUACGCAUGGCAGAAAGUCAAACUAGUCCGCCAGACUACUUGACAGAAGCUGAAUUGAUCACUCUAAUGGAACAGCAUGGUAUUGGUACAGAUGCUUCAAUACCCGUACAUAUUAAUAAUAUAUGUCAGCGGAAUUAUGUGACAAUUGAGACUGGUCGUAAACUCAUACCUACAACGCUGGGUAUUGUUUUGGUACAUGGCUAUCAAAAGAUUGAUCCAGAAUUGGUGUUACCCACCAUGCGCUCUGAAGUGGAGGGCAUGCUGACUCUUAUAUCUAAAGGAUCAGCUGAUUUUAAUGCAGUCCUUAAACAUGCUAUCGAUAUCUUCCGAUUGAAAUUCUUAUAUUUUGUUAAGAACAUAUCCAAUAUGGAUAGUUUGUUUGAGGUGUCAUUCUCACCCUUGGCCGAGUCUGGUAAGUCUCAUUCGCGCUGUGGCAAGUGUCGACGUUAUAUGAAGUACAUACAAUCGAAACCAGCACGUCUGCAUUGUUCUCAAUGCGAUGAGACCUACUCGUUGCCCAAUGGUGGCAAUGUUAAGGUGUAUCGUGAAUUCAAAUGUCCUCUGGAUGAUUUCGAAUUGUUGGCCUUUACCACCGGCACCAAGGGUAGAUCGUAUCCUUUCUGCCCCUACUGUUACAACAAUCCUCCGUUCAGGGAAAUGCCGAAAAAUGCCGGUUGUAAUUCUUGUACUCAUCCCACCUGCGCUCAUUCCCUGAAUACUUUGGGUAUAUCGGGUUGUGUCGAGUGUGAGCAUGGCGUUCUUGUAUUGGACUCUACAUUGGCACCAAGUUGGAAAAUUGGCUGCAAUAGAUGCGAUGUUAUAAUCAAUUGCUUCAAAGGAGCUACAAAAAUAACAGUAGAGGAAGACAAAUGCGACGAUUGUGGCGCUCAAACGGUUAAGGUUUUGUACAAAUCGGACAAGACGAAAUUUAAAGAUGGCACGGAGGAAAAGUCCGGUUGCAUAUUCUGUUCUUCAGAUUUUGCUCAUUUGGUAGAAAAACAUCGUGCAGUAUCAUCUCGACCAGUAAACAUCAGAGGUGGCCGUGGUGGUAGAGGAGGCGGCAGAGGUGGAAGUAAAGGUGGCCGUGGAGGCGGUGGUGGUAGAGGUGGUCGUGGUGGCGCACGUCAACCCAAAGACAAAAUGGCGCAAUUAGCAGCUUAUUUUGUUUGAGAUUAAUUCUUAGCUCAUCAUACAUUUUAUUCAAAAUACGUUUAAAAAUUGUCAAUGUUGUAAAUUACAACAUUUAAUGCAUUUUAUUUUCAAUACAUACGUACAUACAUACCAUAUUUAUUGAACAACAAAUUAAACAUUUUUAUCACAAUGUUUAAUGCAUUUAUCGUAAUUUUUAUGUAUAAUACCACCCCGAUAAGAAAAUAAAGUGUGAGUAAAAAAAGGAAAACAAAAAAA